CUCGGGGCCGAGUCUGGGCGGCGCGGACCAGGCCUCGGGUGGCGGCGGCGCGAGGCAGUAUGAUGUGAGAUCGUGAACAUGGACUUUUCUCGGCUCCACAUGUACACUCCUCCUCAGUGUGUGCCCGAGAACACUGGCUACACGUAUGCACUCAGUUCAAGUUAUUCUUCUGAUGCUCUGGAUUUCGAGACUGAGCACAAAUUGGAUCCCGUAUUUGAUUCUCCAAGGAUGUCCCGCCGUAGUUUGCGCUUGGUCACCACAGCAUAUGCCAUUGAGGACGGCCAGGCCGGGGAUGCCCACUCCUGCACCAGUGGCGCUGCCUCCUUGAAGGACAGGGUGGCCAGAACAGCAAAACAGCACAGAAGUGCAAGCAAGCCGGCUUUUAGUAUAAACCACGCCUCAAGGAAGGUUGUGUCUUCAGUGGUCGGCCAGAGCAGCUCUAGCGGUCUGCAGGGCACGGCUUGUCUUCGGCCUCCAGUGCUGGACGAGUCUCUGAUCCGUGAGCAGACCAAAGUGGACCACUUCUGGGGUCUUGAUGAUGAUGGAGAUCUUAAAGGUGGAAAUAAAGCUGUCGUUCAGGGAAAUGGUGACCUGGCAGCAGGAGCGGCCAGGAGCAACGGCUAUACCUGCCGGGACUGCAGCCUGCUCUCCGAGCGCGAGGACUCGCUCACCGCGCGCUCCACUGCCCGCGGACCCUUGUCGAGAGUGUACACAAGGGAUAGGACUCAAAAACGCGGUGCAUCUUUCUACAUGGAUAGGAUUUUGUGGCUGGCCAAGUACACUUCAUCAUCUUUUUCAUCAUUCUUAGUUCAACUUUUUCAAGUGGUUUUAAUGAAGCUCAAUUAUGAAUCAGAAAAUUACAAAUUGAAAAGUUAUGAAUCAAAAGACUGUGAAUCAAAAAGCUAUAAGUCAAAAAGCCAUGAAUCAACAGCUCAUUCCAGUUACUCUGGGAGAAUGAAUGUAAAGGAAUUUCUCAGAGAGGAUGAUCACCUCAGUGUAAAUGGGGAGUCACUGUGCGAUGACUGUAAGGGGAAGAAGCACCUUGACACACACACAGCCGUCCACUUGCAGUCCUCAAGGCCAGGAAGGGUGGCGGGGACCGUUGGGCACAUCUUUUCUUACACAGGUCACUUCCUGAGGCACACGCUGCAGAGGCUGGGAGCUGCAGGAUGGUUUGUGUCGAAGACGGUGUUGUCCGUUCUUUGGUUGGCCAUGGUUGCUCCAGGGAAGGCAGCCUCUGGAGUAGUCUGGUGGCUAGGGAUUGGAUGGUACCAGUUUGUUACUUUGAUUUCUUGGCUGAAUGUGUUUCUUCUUACAAGGUGCCUUCGAAAUAUUUGCAAGUUUUUAAUCUUGCUCAUUCCACUAUUACUUUUACUAGCUGCAGGUCUUUCAUUGUGGGGCCAGGGCGAUGUCCUCUCAUUGCUGCCGGUGUUAAACUGGAUGCACCUGUACAGAGCACAGAGGCCAGAUGAGCCCAAGAACAUGCUCACACCUGACCCUUCUCCCCUGACCCAGCCUCUGGCGGGCGGUGACGAGGCUUUUCGCUCCCUUCGGAUGAGCGAAGUCGAAAGGCAGAUGACCCUUCUUUCUGGACAGUGUCACAACCAUGAUGAGAAGCUCAGAGAACUGACAGUUUUGCUUCAGAAGCUACAGGCACGGGUGGACCAGAUGGACGAUGAGAGUGAAGGGAUGUUGUCCCUGGUUAAAGGUGUGGUGGAGCAACAUUUAAAGGAAAUCCGGGCCGGUGGACCGUCUGGCUCUGCGACUGACUAUAUGACUUUCCACCAAGAUCAUGAAUUGCGCAUCUCAAACUUGGAAGAUGUUCUUGGAAAAAUGACAGAAAGAUCUGAGGCCAUCCAGAAGGAAUUAGAACAGACCAAGCUAAGAACAAUUAGUGGAACUGACGAAGGGCAGCACCUCCUUUCUGUUGUGAGGCAUCUUGAGUUGGAGCUGGGUCAUCUGAAAUCAGAAUUGUCAAAUUGGCAGCAUUUGAAAACCAGCUGUGAGAAGGUGGAUACAAUCCAUGAAAAAGUGGAUGCUCAGGUCAGAGAAACUCUAAAGCUCAUGUUUUCUGGUGACCAGCAAGAUCGUUCUCUCGAAUGGCUGCUGCAGAAAUUGUCUUCUCACUUUGUGAGCAAGGAUGACUUACAGGUUUUAUUACGAGAUUUAGAGCUGCAGAUACUGAAGAACAUCACCCACCAUAUUUCUGUGACAAAACAGAUGCCAACUUCUGAAACUGUAGUAUCUACCGUGAAUGAGGCAGGGGUUUCAGGAAUAACAGAAGCGCAAGCACGCAUCAUUGUGAACAACGCUCUGAAGCUGUAUUCCCAAGACAAGACUGGCAUGGUGGACUUCGCUCUGGAAUCUGGUGGUGGCAGCAUCUUGAGCACUCGCUGUGCUGAGACCUACGAGACCAAGACAGCGCUGAUCAGCCUAUUCGGCAUCCCGCUGUGGUACUUCUCCCAGUCACCCCGCGUCGUGAUCCAGCCUGACAUAUAUCCAGGUAACUGCUGGGCAUUCAAAGGCUCCCAGGGCUACCUUGUGGUGAGGUUAUCAAUGAAGAUCCGCCCGACCACCUUCACACUGGAGCACAUACCAAAGACGCUGUCACCCACGGGCAACAUCACCAGCGCCCCCAAGGACUUCACAGUCUACGGAUUAGACAAUGAAUAUCAAGAAGAAGGGCAGCUUCUGGGACAGUUUAUGUACGAUCAAGAAGGGGAGUCGCUGCAGAUGUUCCAUGUGCUGAAAAGACCUGAAAGAGCUUUCCAAAUUGUGGAACUUCGGAUUGUUUCUAACUGGGGCCACCCUGAAUACACGUGUCUUUACCGGUUCAGAGUCCAUGGAGAGCCUGUCGAGUAAACAAGCCACUACUGUUCUUGUACAUUUUGUAUAUACUGGGACAGCCUGAAACACUGGAAUCC